AUGAGUGCCCCAGCAGGCCAGCGACCCAUCAUGCCGCGACCCAGCUUUCCUCCCACGCCCGCACCCUCGACUGACAUCACGGGCAAGACCAGUGCGCAUGUAGGCCACUUGGACACGACCCAAUUCUCCCUGCCGCCUGCCGCCAUAGGCAGCACCCACGGCAGCACCACCGAGAGCUCUUCUUCCGCCUCGAGUGCCUCUGAUUCUUCCUACCGGCCCUUAUCUCCCGCCUCUCCUUCGGCCACUUCCAAGACGGCUCCCGCAUCGCGCAAACGCCCGAGUUCGAGCCAGAGCGUAAUCACCAAAGAUGACUACUCACUGCCUCCACCGCCGACUCGCUCGCGCAAGAUCAUCCAGAUGAAGCCGAAGGAAUCGCAAGAGCAGCCCAAGACAGCAGCAUCGCCGACGUCAGCAGCCAAGUCGGCACCCGCUGCUGGCGCUGCGGGCAGUGCUGGCGGGAAGAAGAAGCAGUCUGGAAACACGACUGCGGCAGGGAGGAAGAUCGCUCGCAAGACGGCGCACAGCUUGAUCGAGCGUCGACGGCGGUCCAAGAUGAACGAGGAGUUUGGCGUGCUGAAAGACAUGAUACCCGCAUGCGCGGGCCAGGAGAUGCACAAGCUCGCCAUCUUGCAGGCUAGCAUUGAGUAUAUGCGCUAUCUCCAGCAGUGCGUGGAUGACCUGAAGGCUGCUCAUCGUCCAAGGCGAGCCUCCCCAACGCCCACAUCCCCACUACGGGAACCACCCCCUCUUGCCGUUGCAGCAGACGCAGUGGACGAGGACGACGAGGAAGAAGAAGACGAGGACGAGGAAAUGUCUGAUGCCGUCUCACCAAAGCACACUGUCCAUGCCCAACGGACAGCUAGCUACCAUUUUACGAAUGCCUCGCCUGCCAUUUAUCCCUCCGACCGCAGCGUCUAUUCCACCACGACCUCGCCUGCAAUGCACCCAGGCGACGUCCAGAACUACUCCGCGACCAUGUCACCUGCCCUGCAACCCUCUGACCCUCACCAUUACUCAUUGUCUUCUUCAAUUCGCUCUACAGCUACGUCUCCCUUGAUCCAAGCAUCGCCGGCAUUUGGAGGGCAAACUCCUUCGCAGGCGCAAUUUCAAAAUCCCUUCCCCACGGCUCCAUCGAGCAAGAACUCGCUCUCUGGCCCUGCCGGUGGUGGUUUUGCGCUCACCUCUCCCGCAUUAGGGCCACAGGCAGAUCGUGAAGACCACGAAGCUACUGAGGCCCUGCUGAUGCUGAAUACGGAUCGAAGAAGCUGGCAGGGCAGUAACGGUGGCCAGGGUGGUGGACGUGGUAUGAGCGUCAAGGAUCUUCUAACCGGAUAG